GCAACCGCAUCUUGAAUUUUGAGUGAAGUAAUUAUGAUUUCUCAAAAAAAAGUAAACAUAGUCUCGCCUGUUUCUUUAUUAUACCAAAUUAUAUUAUAUUUUUGUUAACUAAUCGAUAUGGAUAACAUAAAAGAAGACGCAAUUCAUCAAACCGCUUUGAAAUUAGCCGAAGAAAUAAAGAAUUUAUCAAUUUACAAAUCGUUUUAUAGUGACGUUCAGAAAUUAGUUUCAUCGCCGAAUGUUAAAAAAGAAGAUUUCAAACAGUCGUUACAACAAGCAAUGAAAGAAAAAGGCUUAGACACAAAACUUAGAAAUACUGUAUUCCAUUGGGUACGGACACAAACUAAACAAAAUAAAUUAGAUCCACUUACAUCUCUGACGAAAGCUAGUGCACAGUGGGAGAAAAGGAUACACAAAUCGCUAAAUUCUAUGUGUUCCGAUUUAGAAACAUCUUUAGCAAAAAUAAGAUUUCAACCAGAACAAGAAGAACUUGCCGACAAAUGGAACGAACUCAGUACUUAUGGCUUAGAUUUAUCAAAAUACAGACCUGUAUAUGCUCCUAAGGAUUUUUUAGAAGUUUUGCUCACUUUAUCUGGCUAUGUGCCAUUUACAAGAGAUGAUGAACCCAAAUGGGAGUUUGCUCAUUUGCCGAUACAAGUUAAAACUCUGGAUCAAUUGCGUAAAGUGUACACCGAGUGGGCGAACGGCGAGGCGCUGCUGGGCGUGAACCCCAGCGCGGCCAGCAUGGUGGCGGGGUUCCCGACGCUGGAGGCGGAGCGCGUGGGGCUGGGCGAGCGCGUGGCGGCGCUGGGCUACGCGCCCGUCAUCCAGGAGUACCUGAAGAAGGGCAGCCCGCAGUGUCUGCGCGCCAAGCUCUGGUCGCAAGUGCUGGGCGCUGACAUCAAACCGCAUCACACCUCAUAUUUCAACCAGCUAAAGAAGAGCGUCCUAGAGGUGGACCUCAUGAUCGACAAACUGAUAUUCAAAGACGUGCAGCUCACAGCUUCCAACGACGACCAGUAUUUCGUUUUUGAAGAUUUGCUAUACCAAGUAAUGUUAUGUUUCUCCCGGGACUGCGAAGUGAUGCAACAGCUGAAGGGCAGUAUCGGUAACCCCCUGAACGUGACCAUAAAAGGCAAGCAAACCUCGGUGGACAGCAUUACUGUAUUCCCGCCCAGUGGAAUAAUACCUUUUCAUGGCUUCACGAUGUAUGCGACGCCAUUUUGUUACUUGUACGAUGACCCCGUACAACUUUACUACACUUUCCGGGCAUUUUACGUUAGAUAUUGGCAUCGACUGCAUUACAUAUCAACGCAUCCACAGGGUAUUGUAUCGCUAUGUCUGUUAUACGAGAGGCUAUUAGAAGCAAAUGAACCGCUGCUGUGGAUUCAUUUUAGAAAUAUCAAUAUUAACCCUGUCCGAGUGGUAUUCAAAUGGUUGAUGCGUGCGUUCAGCGGACACCUGCCGCCCGAUCAGCUGCUUCUCCUGUGGGACGCCAUCCUCGGCUACGACUGCCUCGAGAUCCUGCCUCUACUGGCCCUCGCCAUCAUCAGCUUCAGGAAGGAAAACAUCUUCCAAGUCAACACGCUACAGAACGUGGACGCGGUGCUGGCAGACCUCUCCACUAUAUCUGUUAUUCCGUUGAUACAACUGGCUUUGAUGAAGGCUUAGAUGUAAGAAGAUUGAUCCUUGGAAGUGAUUUGAAGAGGUACAGCGUGGCAAUCAGUAAUGUUAGUCGGAUGUUGUCGAAUUGUCCUGUAAUUUGACUGAGAUGUGAUUUGAAAACGUCGAUUGUAAGUGGCACACGAAUGUGUGAAUUAAAUUACCUUUUUGCCAAGCUAUACUCAUUUAUUAGUUACCUUUUUGACCAGUUCGUCUGGUGUGAUAUCCAGCAUCUAUGCAGGCAUUUAGAUAAUUGCAUUCAAUAUGUAGAUAGCCAAGACAUUACAGAUACUCUCUUGCGCAAUGAAAAUAGACAUACUAAAAUACAUAUAUUUUUGACGAACUGAGAAAAAUAUAUUUUCACAGCCAAUUUAUAUUAAUGAAUGUACCAAAGUCAAUUUUAGGAAAAAUAUUGUGGAAUUUAAUUUUUAAAUUGUUGUAUUAGUUCCAUGUGUUUUGAAAGCUGAAAAAUUAAGUUCAAAAAAUGUACACAUACUGUUACCAAAAUAAAUAGUAUUGAGCGCCGUAUUGCUAAUGUAAUAAAGUUCACUUUGCAACAAUGCAAAAUACCUGUCAAAGUGACCGAAAUAGCAGAAUCUACAGUACAAAAAUUAAAUGCGUCAAUCAAAAUAUUUGUUGAUUAUAUUGUUUUGUGAUUU